AUGUCAAAUCUACCGUCUCCGUCUUUCCAGGGUCCACUGAUGAUCAGCGCAUCGUCCGUUAUUGACGCGCCCAUAGACAAAGUAUGGCAGAUCCUCGUCGACUUCACGUCCUAUGCCGAAUGGAACACCUUCGUGUACGGUGUGCAUGUCCCUGCGUAG